GCACAUCCGUCUAGUGGACAGACGAGAAGAAAGAUGGCAGAUUCGUCAUAUUUAGACUGGCAAAGUGGGAAAACCCUGUUAGAAUGUUUUGACCACCUCUUAACGUCAAGUAUUGGAAGUGACGUCACAUUUCUUGUCGGCGAAAACAAGAUAAGAAUCCCCGCCCACAAACUGGUCCUCUUUAGCAGGAGUCCGGUUUUCUAUGCCAUGUUUGAGGGACCUUUGGCCGAACAAGGCGAAAUAACCAUCCCCGAUAUUUCAGAGCAGAUAUUUCGGCUGUUUCUCAGGUAUUUAUACACUGACGACACCAUACUGACAGAAGACAACGUUGUAAUGAUUCUUUGUGCCGCCAGAAAGUAUUGUGUUGAUAUACUCGUGUCUCGCUGUGAAGAAUUUCUGAAAAAGACACUAUCAACUGAAAAUGUUUGUCAUUACUUAGAACAGGCUCAUCUAUUUAUGAUAGAUAGUCUGACUAAAAGCUGCCUUGAACUGAUCGCUGAUUCUCCCACAGUUGUGUUACAGUCUGCCGUAUUCUUGGAUCUUUGUCCAAGUUGUGUGGCCAGCGUUACCGGCUAUAAUGCUCUCAAUGCAGUCGAGAGCGAUGUGUAUAAAACUGUCAUUGCUUGGGGGAAAGCAGAGUGUAGGAGGAAUGAUCUAGAGGAAACACCAGAAAACAUCAGAGAAGUUCUGGGAGAUAUCCUUUAUACCGUGCGGUUUUUGGUGAUGAAUUGUGACUUAUUUGAAAAAGAGGUUUCUCCUGAUAAGAUACUUCCUGCUGAUGAUAUCGCUAACAUUCGAAAAUACCAUCAACAACUGGAAAGCAAAGACAUUUCUGCUUGUAAACUUAAUAACAGCGAACGAAAAGAUGCAUCUCUGAAGAAGGUUUGGCGUUGUGAGGUUAUUGUACUUGGCGAUUGCGACUCGGGGACCGCGUCAGUUUCAUUUACCGUAAAUGAUCAUGUCAAUUUACAUGGAUUUGGAUCAUUCUAUUCAAAAGGCGAUAACACUGUGGACGUGGUCAUUUAUGAAGAUGACAAAGUUGCGUAUAAAGCUGAUAAUAUCACAAGAAUGAAAACUGAUUCAGAUUGUAUAGGCAAAGUUUGGCUUGGAAGGGAAGACCUAGUUCAAAUCAAACCCGGAAAAGUGUACACUAUAACAGAACACACCCAUUCAUGUAGAUGGUGUUGUGGGCGACCAAUUGAUGAUGAAAUGAUACAGUUUAAACUUACACUAAUUACUUUUCGGAGCUCAAGAGUUGCCUUGCCGAAGGACGUUAAACGCAACAAGGGACAAAUACCAUACUUGUUAUUGAGCUAA